CCCCCCCCCCCCCCCCCCUUGGACCCAGGUGUCUCACUCCCUCCUCCCUGUGCAUACUCUCCUCCACAUACGGCCGCACCCCCUCCAACGAGAAAGACUUCACAUGCCCAUUAUAAAUAUCGCCGAGCGCGUCCUGGUCACGAUCGACGAUUUUCUUUCCGGCCCGUCUCGUCUCACCCUCCUCAGCAGGUCUCCCCUCGGUCCCUGAGCCCUCGGGUCUUCGUUUGUGUUGUUCGUGUGUGUGGUCCAAGGAUUUUAUAUUAGUAUUUGGGGGUAUACUGCACAGCGGCAAUGAAGUUCUUCAAGCUAGCUGCCGCGGCGGCGCUGGCCCUGCUGGGCAACUCUGCAAGCGCGCAGUCGUCCUUCUCGCCUGCGCGGCCGCCCGCCGUGCCCCUGGCAGUGCGGUCGCCGUACCUGAACGUCUGGCUCAACGGCAAGCGAGACGGAAGCCCCAGCGGCUACCUCCCCGGGAACUGGCCCGUCUUUUGGUCGUGAGUUCUCGCCUCUUUGCAGGAAGAAGAAGAAGAACACAAAGGGGUUAUAGUAUAGGGACGAGUCUGGUGGCUGACAAGAAGAAUAGACAAUAUAUCCAAGGCUGGCAGGGCUUCAUCAGGGUCGACGGCCAUGUAUACAACUGGAUGGGCGACGCACCUGGCGCCGAGGCUCUUGUCAACCAGACGUCGCUCAAGUACACGUCCACGCGCAGCAUCUUCACCUUCAAUGUCGUCAACAAGGUGCAGAUGACGGUCGAGUUCCUCAGCCCCGUGUACCCCGACGACCUUCGACGCCAGUCGGUCACGUCUUCGUAUAUCAAUGUCUCGGUCAAGUCCAUUGACGGCAAGACGCACUCGGUGCAGAUUUACUCGGACGUUUCUGGAGAAUGGGCCUCGGGAGACAACGGAGCCAUUAUUCAGUGGGAGAGCGCGAGCAACGACGUCGUGAGGUAUCACAAGUUUUAUCGUCAGGACCAGCAACCGUUUACCGAGUCCAACGAGGUUGCCUCUUGGGGCAACUGGUAUUGGGCCACGGGCGACCUGCACGGCGUCAGCUAUCAGAUUGGCUCCGACACGGAUGUUCGUAGCCAGUUCCUCAACAAGGGAUCCCUGACGGGCGAGAUCGAUACUAACUUCCGGGCGGUCCGCGACCGAUGGCCCGUCUUCGGUCUCGCGCGCGAUCUCGGCUUCGUCGCCGGCACGGCCAAGAGCACCCUCUUCACCAUCGGCUUCGCGCAGGAGGACGCCAUCAACUUCCAGGGCAAGGAGUACAACCCCCGGAGCGUGCCCUCCCUGUGGCGGGCGUACUUCAACGAGAAGGAUCUCGUGACCUUCUUCUACAAUGAUUUCGACUAUGCGACGCACUACGCGAACGACCUGGACUUGCGCAUCGUCACUGACUCGGAGGAGGCGGUCGGGCCCCACUACGCCACCAUCACCACGCUCGCCGUGCGGCAGGUGUUUGGGGCGCUGUCGUUCACCAACACCGAGGACUCGCCGCUCGUCUUCCUCAAGGAGAUUAGCUCGAACAGCGACAUCCAGACCGUCGACGUCAUCUUCCCCGCGCUCCCCAUUUUCCUGUACCUGAACCCGGACCUGAUCAAGUGGACGCUGGAGCCGCUGCUGGAGAAUGGCCAGCACCACUAUCCCAACAACUGGGCGCAGCACGAUCUCGGCACGUUCCCCAACGCCGUCGGACAUCCCAAGGGCGAUGACGAGCCCAUGCCGCUCGAGGAGUGCGGCAACAUGGUGGUGAUGAUGCUCGCGUAUGCAAAGCGCAAGCACGACGACCAGUACCUCGCCGACAACUGGGAGCUGCUCGAGCAGUGGGCGGGAUACCUGAUUCAGGAUGCCAAGAUUCCCGCGAACCAGCUGUCGACGGACGAUUUCGCCGGCCACCUUGCGAACCAAACAAACCUCGCCAUCAAGGGCAUCAUUGCCCUCAAGGCCAUGUCCGAGAUUGCCAACAUGACUGGGCACGGGGAGGAUGCCUCCAACUACACGAAGAUUGCGCGCGAGUAUCUCGACUUUUGGAAGGAGCACGGCAUCGACCGCAAAAACAACCCCCCGCGUACGAUGCUGCAAUACGAUAGCCCCGGUACCUACGGUAGGACUACACACACACACAAGCCCGCCCCCAACCCCCUUUCGCUGAAGAAAAGGACGAAGAAAGAAGACGUCAUGCUGACCUGGACGGUGAUUAUCAGGCCUCCUGUACAACGUCUACUCGGACAAGGUGCUGGGCCUCGACUUCAUCCCGCAGGACAUCUAUGACAUGCAGAGCGACUUCUACUGGGCGGUGCAGAACGACUACGGCGUGAUCCUGGACACGCGCGGGACGCUGACCAAGCUCGACUGGGAGAUGUGGGCGGCGGCCGUGGCCAAACCCUCGACGCGCGACAUGUUCACCUCCAAGAUUGCCAACUGGAUCAACCGCACGCCCACGUGGCGCGCCUUCACGGACCUGUACGACACCAAGGACGGCGGCUACCCGCGCGGCAUCGAGUUUACGGCCCGGCCGGUGCAGGGCGGCGUGUUUUCGAUCCUGGCGCUCGAGGCGUGAUUGAUGUAUUACGCACACACGCACGCACGCACCCGAGGUGCGGGGGGGGGGGGGAGAUGUGAUCGUGACGUUACAAAGCAUAUGAUUUUCUUUUCAACCAUCAUGCGGCGAGGAAGGAAUGGCGCGUGUGUGUGGUGUUUACGGUUUUUUGUCUAGCAUGCAUUCGGCGGGUGGUAUGGAGGCGUGUCACCGCCGCCGCCGCGCCUUAUUAGCGGAGACCUGGUAACUAACCAACGCUGUUGUUGUUGUUGCUGUUGUUGGGGCUCUGCACGGGAGGGGAGGAUUCUUUUCUUGGUCACAUUAUUCCUUUGCCCCAGGGCCGAGCCGAGCGAGAGGGUCGCGUUGAAUAAAUAAGCCCCCGCGGCUAUACGUACUACGUUUUGUGUGUACGUAGUUAGUAUUGACGUCGUCGGAACUGGGAACAUGAACAUUUGGG